GCUCUCUCUCUCUCUGGGUACGAGAGUACAAGGUCACGAGACCCCGCGGUGCUCUUUCACGCGCUAAAGUACCUAGGUACCUGAGCUGUCCCUUUUGGCUAACCCCACGUUGAAUUGAGUUCCAGGUUGGGCUGCUGCCGCUUUCGCGGGGGGGAUGAAGCUAUACUGCACUGCCAGAACAGCUGCUAGAAACUAAUUCCUUUUCUUUCCCCUUUUCUUAUUUAUUAAUUAUCAAGAGCAUUCAGACAAUUUGAAUCAGAUUGGUCGCUCAAUUGGUGUAGAGGCAUGUUCCCUCCAGUUGAGCAAAAGAUCCUGCAGAGCAACCCAGAGUUUGCAAAGCUCUAUCGCAUCAUCACCACGGCCAUCUUGAACCCUGAUGGCUCGACCAAAGAGGACGACGAGGCCAAAGACAGGGCCACGGUACAAAAGAACUUGGACAAACAUCGCCAGAAAGCCGCAAAGCACUACCUCCUAGAACGCGCCAUCGCAACCGCCACGCCCCCCGAGCCCAAACCCUCAUCAUCAUCAACAUCCACAAGGCUCUCCCGCGCCAGCGAGCGUCUCCAGCAGCGACAGUCCCAGUCCUCGGCCGAAUCUACCCCCGAGGCGCUCCUCGACCUGCUCCUCGUCCUCCCCUCGUUCCUCGAUGCCGUCGACACGCUGCCUCACGACUCGCUCACCUUGCUGCUCUCCAGUCCGCCGCUCUCCGAUUUUGAAACCCUGCUGCCUGAUCUCGCCGACUUGAUAUCGUGCAAUCUUCAUGCUUCUGCAUUGGGUCUCGCUCGCUUCGCCCAUCCUGCUACGAAUCCUACUUAUCUUCACCGUCACAUCGCUUCUCUCCCAAAGGAUUUCGCUGCUCUUAAUACUAGCCUGUCUGCGGCCGAAGAGGCACUGAAAGCAGCUCGCAUACGCACCGUCACAUCACUCACCAGCCUUCUUCAAACAUUUGCAGAAUGUCUGACUUGCCUCAUACGAUCUCUCGAGGCAAAACACGGCGUCAUUGCUCGUAGCUUGGAGCUCCGCGCAUCAGACAUCUCGCUUGAUGCGCAGCGGGCAGAGAAGCAGGCCGAGCAGACAAUGUGGAAGCUUCGAAAGGAAGUUUAUACGCCAGAGAGUAUACUCGCGCUGCAGCAUUACGUUACUCAUCUGAAGGACGCAAAUGGACGCAUCACGGAUAGGGCCCGGAAGCUACAAGCCGAGCUGGAAUCUCACGAGGAGUAUUCUCACAGCGAAUCAUCACAAGAUGAAGACGAUGGUAGGUCGUCUAGAGAUGUGCCCACAUUGUAUAGAGAUGUUGGGAAGCGUGUGGAAGAGGCCAAGAGAGACAUGGACCGAUUACGACUUUCAUGAUUUAUGAUGAUAAACUCGUUUGACUUUGUUACACUUACAUAGCGUGCAUUAUCUUUUCUGUUUUUAGAUCCAAGACCUUGAAAGAAAGGCAUACAGAGGCAAGAGGUAGAAUGUGAUCAUCAGAGACAUUCCUUCGUCAUAUUGUUACAUCAACUAUUACAACACAGUGAACUGGCAGCUAAAGCAACGCCAAUUUUGCUUUUCCAGAUUGAAUAAGCCCCUCUAGCUGUCCUA